UUUUGUUGUUCCCAUCAGGCAUUGCGGCCAUAGUCAUGUCAGAAAUGAAAGAGUAGCCGGCUAUAGACAGAAAAUAGUUGAUUCAUCAUAAUAACAUUAUAACAACAGCCUUCCAAAUAUUGAUGAGGAUUUCAUAACACAGCAAGUAUGAGUCAUCGAAUUGAUGAUGUCAUGAAGCUGUGUUCAGAGUUAUCUGCCAAUCAGCAAAUCCAGACCACAGUGAAAGGCUCGGGGAAGGGAGCAGCGGCAGCUGGUGGACUGGCCUUCGCUGGAGGUUUAGUCGGGGGCCCACUCGGUAUUGCAGUGGGCGGUGCUGUUGGAGGCCUGCUGGGCUGCUGGCUGACCAGUGGACAGUUCAAACCGCUGCCUCAGAUCAUAAUGGAGCUCAGUCCUCAGCAGCAGCAGAAGCUUUACGAUGAUCUCAUGGUCAUCCUGGGAGACGUUCAGUGGACAGAUUUGGCUCAGUUGACUGCUCUAGUGAUGGGCAACGCCACCCUGAAGCAGCAUCUUACAGCCGCCCUCCUCGGGUAUAUUUCCAAGGAGCUCCAGGCGGAGGUGCACUACGUGGAUUAGUGUCUGUAGAAAAACUGGGAUAACCGGACUCGGGGGCGCACAUGCUCAGGAGGACAGAGUCUUUGAAAAAUAAUGUGAACUCAUGUUAUGAAGCUGGAGAGACUUUUUAUCUGCAAAUCUAUCUUAUUUAUCAAUGUGAAGUCACAUUUUGUAAAAUUGCAUAGAUAUCACAGUCCUGGCAUCUGGUAACACUGGGUAAUAUGAUGUUAGCAUAUUACUGUGAAAACAGCUGUAUAACUGGAUUAUUGUAUGAAGUGCAAUCAUCAGUUGAAUUAAUUAUUUAUUCAUACAGCCUUUGACAGCCCUAAUAAUUAUGGAUUAUGCAAUUAAUUGUACAGUAUAAAAUGUUUUGGAUUUGAUAUUUUAUUAAGUUUAAAACUAGGAAUUGACCAGCAUAUGUGCACAGUAUAUUAUAUUUAAAUGAUUUCAUCAAUA